UAGUCAUCAUAAUGACUGUCUUCUUUUCUGGUUAUAUCUAUUUUGUUGCCAUUUUACACAUUCAUUUGAUUAAUGCUAAGUACUGUGCGUUUCAAUUAGGGAGGAAGUAUGGAAACACAAAAAACUGCACUAAACUAGAGCACUGUAAAAAGGCCUUUGAUGAUAAAACGGGAGCUUGUUUAGGGCCUGAGAACCAGUGUGAACCAGGAUGGAUGGGACCAGGCUGUCAAUAUAUAAAUUUAGCAUAUAAAAAGAAAUCCACCAGGCCAAGUCUUGAUGGGAACUUGAGCACAUCUGAGGACAUCAAACGAAUACGGAUCGAUUUCUAUGGAAGUUUUAUAAUUUCUGCUUUAAAUAUUCAUGCAAUUUCGUCAAACAACGUAACCAUCAAAUCUCUAAAUAACGAGACAUGUUUCAUCGGACCAAUUAAAGAAGGCACCCCUCUUGUAUUCUGCAGCUAUGUUCUGAGAACAAGAAUGUUAGAUAUUUCAUUUACACGACAAACAACCGUAUCUGAAAUAGAAGUUUAUGGAGGACGGAAUGUCGCUUUGUGGAGGAAGACGUCACAGUCAUCAGACUACAACAGUGAUUACACAUCUGACAAAGCAGUGGAUGGAUGGGACAGCGGAGGAGAUUUGUUCAAUAACUCGUGCACACUAACAUAUGGGAUAAUUGAGCCUAAUGGUCCUUAUUGGAGAGUUAAUCUUGGAAGCCCAUAUUCAAUUAUGUCAGUUCGCAUAGCAAGUAGAAAUAAAUUCGAGAAAAGGUUGAAUGGAUUUCGAUUAAUUGGAGAAAACUUUACAAACACGAGGCAGUUGAUAUAUUCAGAUCAAGGAAAUGCUACUCCAAGAAGUUCAGUUUGGGUACACUCGUCAUUGAUGAGAUCAUCUUUGUAUCACACGAUCAUCAUUGAUGGAAAAUAUUUGGUUAACUACAAAAGCAGAUACCAGAUUCUCGCGCUCUGUGAAGUAGAAGUGUUUGCUUGCAGAUUAACAGAAAAUGACAGAGAAGACUGUGUUAGUUUUUGUCCCAAAAACUGCCAGCAAUCUGAAACGUGUUUAAAUGAAAACUUUACCUGUCCUAAGUGUAACCCUGGAUGGGAGGGUCCUCAUUGUACUCAAGUCGUUUCUUGUAAAAGACCAGAUGUAUUAAAAAGAAAUUUGUCCCUCUCUCCUGAUUAUUCAUCAUAUGAAUUUAACACAACAAUACAUUUUACAUGUCUCGAAGGAUUUAUAAUCCGGGGAUAUACACAAGCAGUUUGUGGACUAGAGGGGAUUUUCAUUAAUAAUAAUCGUUCUGUAUACAUGCAUCCAUCAUGCGAAGCUAUAACUUGUUCCAGUGCUGACAAUUAUCUAUCGGAUAUAAUAAAGACUCCUUCAAAGCUGAAGUAUAACUACCAUGAGAGGAUAAACUUUUCUUGUGCGAGUGGAUACGCUCUACAAAAACCAACAGUGGCUGUGUGCGAAGAAGAUGGACUUCGAUACACAGAUGGAUAUCCGAAUUGUACAGCAAUACAGUGUAACAGAUCAACAGUAACAAGCAGCAAUCUGUUCUUAGAUCCUCUAAAAGAAAUGUAUGCAUUUAAUGUGACCAUAACCUUUUCAUGUAAGAAAGGGUACAACCUAAGGGGCUCAAAGUCGGGAAAAUGUUUACAAAACAACGUCUUUGUUUUUAUGCCUGACGAUGAAAAGCCAUAUUGUGAAGAUUUAAAUUUCUGCCGAAAUUGAGUCGAAAGAUUAGCUUAUAUUGUAGACACCAGAGAAUAAACAUUGUUUGACGUUUGCGUGGCCCAGAACGUUUCGCGCUGUCUGCGUUUAACAAACAGUACUCUACUUCUUACAUGCGGUAACUACUGUGCAGUAUAGAGGAAAAACUAUUAUUGAAUCUCAUACCAUUUAAAAACGACUUUUCCAUUAGAAGCUAGCGUGAAAUGUCACUUCUGUACUUCUUUUUCCCGUCUCUUAUGUAUAUAAAACAUAUCCAAAACAAUUUAUCUCCGUGCGCCGGGUAGGCGUCCGACGACGUCAUUUUCAUCAAACUCAAUGCCAACAACACUUUGAAAAUCAUGACACCAAUCGUCUGUUUCUAACGCUAUUUAUAUGAAAAUUUGACAGGAUAUUAAGAUUUGAUUCUGUUUUCACUUAUUUAAAUUUGAGUUCAAUGUUUUAAAUAGUUCUAAAGAAAUAAAAGCAAAUAUUAUAGUUCUUUGCGUAUAAUUUUCCGAAUUUUGUUCGUGCGCCGACACACCAUAUCGGCCUUCAUAUAAAUCGUCCUAAUUUUAUUAAUAUGGAAGAUAUAUAUUUAAGAAUUCACAGUUUUAAAGAAUAUUGGAUAUAUUAUGUCUAUGCAAAAUUUGAUUAGUAUUGAAUGAUUUUUUAAAUAGUUAUAACCAUUGUCUACGACUUUUUGGGACAACCCUUAUAUGUGAUAGUCAGUAUAAUAAAUAAUAGAGGAGUCUCGGCUGAUAAUAUUUUUCUUGUGAUAUUAUUUAUCAGUGUUACCUUGGACUACAUGCAGUACAUACAAUUAAACUAUAAAAAUGACUCUACGAUUAAACGCAAACGCAGCUUGGCUUGAAAAAAUCUAAAUCGUUGAAAAAUACCAGGUAGGUAAAAUAAAAGGAGAGACCCAAACGGGAUAUCAGGUGUAAGUUUCAGAAGAAACAGAUGACAAAAUAGUUACGCGACGUCAGGGGUUCUUUGUCUUAUACUAUUCGUAUGCCCUGGUAUGAUUGGAACCAAAAGUGAACU